GGCGGCGGCGACGCGAGGUCGGGCGCGCCAUGGCGCACAGAGGGGCGCGCUCUUCUGCUCCGCAACGAGCCGGGCUGGCGGCCGGGGAUGCCAAGAUGUUUGGACUGCAAGGCUGCACGGUUUUCAGAGGGAGAUGACUUGAGUGGCCGGCUUUUAUCUCUACAACAAUGUCCAUGAACAAUUCCAAGCAGCCAGUGUCUCCUGCAGCUGGGCUCCUUUCAAACACAACCUGCCAGACAGAAAACCGGCUUUCAGUAUUUUUUUCAAUAAUCUUCAUGACAGUGGGAAUCUUGUCAAACAGCCUUGCCAUUGCCAUUCUCAUGAAGGCAUAUCAGAGAUUUAGACAGAAGUCCAAGGCAUCGUUUCUGCUUUUGGCUAGUGGCCUGGUAAUCACAGACUUCUUUGGCCAUCUCAUCAAUGGAGCUAUAGCAGUAUUUGUAUAUGCAUCUGAUAAAGACUGGAUUCGCUUUGACCAAUCAAAUAUUCUUUGCAGUGUUUUUGGUAUCUGCAUGGUGUUCUCUGGUCUGUGCCCACUUUUUCUAGGCAGUGUGAUGGCCAUUGAGCGGUGUAUUGGAGUCACCAAGCCAAUAUUUCAUUCUACGAAAAUUACAUCCAAACAUGUGAAAAUGAUGCUGAGUGGCGUGUGCUUGUUUGCUGUUUUUAUAGCUUUGCUGCCCAUCCUUGGACAUCGGGACUAUAAAAUUCAGGCGUCGAGGACCUGGUGUUUCUACAACACAGAGAACAUCAAAGACUGGGAAGAUAGAUUCUACCUUCUACUUUUUUCUUUUCUGGGGCUCUUAGCCCUUGGUGUUUCAUUAUUAUGCAAUGCCAUCACAGGAAUUACACUUUUAAGAGUUAAAUUUAAAAGUCAGCAGCACAGACAAGGCAGGUCUCAUCAUUUCGAAAUGGUCAUCCAGCUCGUGGCUAUAAUGUGUGUCUCCUGCAUUUGCUGGAGUCCAUUUCUGGUGACAAUGGCCAACAUUGGAAUAAAUGGAAAUAAUUCCCUGGAAACUUGCGAAACAAUACUUUUUGCUCUCCGAAUGGCAACAUGGAAUCAAAUCUUAGAUCCUUGGGUAUAUAUUCUUCUUCGGAAGGCUGUCCUUAAGAAUCUCUACAAGCUUGCCAGACGCUGUUGUGGAGUACAUGUCAUCAGCUUACAUAUUUGGGAGCUUAGCUCCAUUAAAAAUUCCUUAAAGGUUGCUGCUAUUUCGGAGUCGCCAGUUGCAGAGAAAACAAAUCAGCAAGCACCUAGUUAAAUAGGACAGUAAGUCAGUGUAGGGCUAGAACAAAAUUAAGAAAUGUUUGACAAUAUUUCAGUUAAUUAGAUACAUACAGCCUAACUGGAAAUUUCAGACCUCAGCAUGUGGUUUGAGGGUACUUUGGUCAGAUUCAGCAUUUGAAAUUUGUUAAAUUAACAGUAUAAUUGUACGUUUUCACUUGCUCUUGUCAACUGGAGGUAGAUGCAAUGAAAUAAUGUCAUGGGAGUCAAAUUGAAAGCAUUUUUGAGCUUAUCUGUGUUAUUUGUGCUUUGAGUAAAUCUGUUGAGGCCAAAUGUAUUUACGUGGCCUAUUUGCCAGAGAACAUUUAAUGGUGCCUGCACAGUGAAAUGGCUAUUUGGGGGUCACUGCUCUGUAGCUAUUCCUUAUAGACUAGGCUCAGUGAAAUGGAGCCCCCUCAUAUUUUGAUCUGGUCUGUUUUUACCCCUCAUUAUGUAGCCUCUGUCAAUACAUGAAUGCACGGUCAUGACAUCUGUGAUUCACUGUGACUUAUAACAAUCUCCACAUAUGCCAGGUCUGGCUGACAGGUUGCCUGAUCUUGCAAGCCUGUUUAGCAUGGACCCAGCUUACCUUAUAUGACAAAUACGACCGCUUGCAUUUAUUAUUAUGAAGGUCAAUUGUGUUUUGAGGAUUUUUUUUUAAGUCAUAGAUUUGCAGUUUUCAAAUAAUUCCAUUUUCUUCUGAGAAUUUGAGUGCACUGAUACAUAAUAAAUAACUUUUAGAGAAACAAAGGCUCUAUCUCAGCACUUAUACAGGCAACUUGAGUUAUAGCAGUUUCUAAGCAGCUCUACCAUAGAUAAUGCAAACAGACCCUAAACCCUGUGGUAGGUGCAAAGAGCAUUGACUAAAGGUGUUUUACCUUGAGCUGUCAUUUGUGUCAGAGAACAAAAGAAACUGAAUCAACAUAUAAUAUUCAAAGAUUAUCAGAAGCUAGUGUGUUUCUGUUUUACACGCAUACAUACACAUAUGCAAGCAUAUCAGAAAAUUCCGUUGACAGUAUGUUUGUUAAAUCUAUAAAACUGCAUCUCCCAAAGCCUGUGCUACCUGAAUCAAGGGAGGAAGAUUGGUGAUUAGCCAAGCAUUUGGGGAUCAUUAUAACAGGAAAUCAAGGAUUAAUAAUCUCUCCCCCAAAUUUCUCAAUAAUAAUUCAGACAUUUUCUUUGUAUAAUUCAAUCUAAAGAAUUUUUAGUAUUCAUUCAAAAUAUCCUACGUCCAUCACAGAAUAGGGUAAAUAGCUCUGCUUUAUAAUAGGGAAAUGCAUUUCUGUAUGAGACUUUUUUGCUUUUAUUAACUUGAAUCCAUUUAAAAAUUAAUCUGCCCUGUUAGAUUGAUUUCACAUUCUCUAGGAAAUGUGCAAUUCAACUAGAUUUAAAUUAUCAUACUCAUAAACUUCUGCUUUUGAUUGGCAAUUUACAUUGGAAGUUGUUAUUAACUUUUGUGAAUUUUGGUAAAUUCUUACAGUAAAUUAAAAGAAAUUAAUCAAAUAGCCUCAUUGAAGAUUUAAAAGCAAUCUUUUUUUUUUCAGUGAGUUUAAAGAAGAGAAACACACACUGGCACAUGAUAUUCUUAAUUUAAGGCCAGUAAAUGAUUAAUCACACAAGUUUAGGUUAUUUUUUGUAUAUAGAGUACAUAGUAGAUGCUUGAUAAAUACUUGCCAGAUUGAAUUAUAGGCAAGAGUUUCUUGCCACAAAAUCGAAUGGAAUUGCAAAGUUUUUGUGGAUUUUUAAUUUAAACUGACAUUUAUAUGUUACUGUGGUGUAUAUAUAUGUGUGUAUGUAUGUAUAUAUGCAUGUACGUGUGUGUAUGUCUCCAAUGUAUAUGCUUAAAAUAAAAGUCAUUGCAAUUUAUGAUUGUGGUUACAUUGCAUAAAUUUUCACAUGUGUCUCAAGAGCACUUAAAGCUUAGAAAAACUUUCAGAUGGUUCGUUUACUUUCAGAGGAGAUAUUUAUUUUGUACAGCUGCUUAGUAGUGUUGGUGUCCUGUAAACUAAGGAACAAGGAACCAAAUCUCUAUACUCCCUCAUCGUGGGGGAUAGGAUGCUGCAGUGAACAUGCCCAUGCAUUUUGACUGGGGAGAGGCAUGGAGAAGAAACUCAUCCAAGAGCCCCAGGCCUAUUCUCUUUGAGACUUCUAAAUGAAUGGCAGAAUUCUUGCUCUAUUGCCAUGAUGUCACCCUGGCCUUGAGGAGAUCUUGUGGCAUGACCAUGUGUGAGAAUGCGUGAGCAUGCAAAGUUUUGGGGAGUGAGAGGAAAGGUACUCUGUGCAUAUCCUAGAAAGGUUAUCUAUAUUAUCUGUGCAUAGGUUUGGGACAACCAAAUUAGUCUUAAAAUGAUGUUAAACCAAAGAAGUAGUCAACAAAAAUUGAAAAAAAUUAGUACAAAAAUAUGUAUUUGCAUUGUUUUAGGCUUUUCUUCCAAGGAAAACAAAAUUAAAGAAAGUGAACACAAAAAUGUGCAUAUCUGACUUUAGAAUUUUAUUUCUGUUAUUAUGUGUGUUGCAUGUAGUUUGGUAAUUUACUGUAUAAUGAAUAAUAGAAUGGAGCAUCAACUUUCAUAUUAAUGUUCAACAUAGAAAUAUAUUUGUUCAGAUAUCUGGAAAUAAAUAGUACAAAUAGUUUCAAUGAGUUUACCAAUGUGACUGUGUUAAGUCCUAUUGUAAAACUCAUAAUUAACCUUCAGAGUAAUUGAAUUUUCCUUCAAACUGGGUCAAGUAGUGUCCAAGGAACUUCACAUACUAUUUGAGCAUGGAAUUUCUGGGGAAUUAUAUUAUACUGGGCAAAUGACUUAAAAAUUUUCAGGCUUUUUCCAAGUAUUAGUGAAUUUUUAAAAAAAAUGAGAUAAAAUACUGCACACAUGGGUUUUUAUCAUUAUGAAUACAAAGACAGGUAAUUUUGACUUGUAAUUAAUUAGUUGUGGGUACAUCCAAAAACAUCACACCUUUUACUAAUGGGUUUAACUAGGUGAUAGAAAUAUGCCGUUUUAAAGUUUUUUUCUAGAAAAGUUGCUUCUAAUUAUCUGUUUAUCUAAAGUGGAAAAUACCUAAAAGUUAAUAUAGGCACAUAUAGAUGUAUCUGUAUCAUGUGACAGAUCAUCUUGUUUAUUCAUUUUCAUACUUAAAAAGAAAAACCUGCAUUAGUUUUGUGCCUAAUCUGAGUUUAGAACCCAGAAAAGAGCACUUUUAAAUAGAGAGUGAAAUAUUUGUGAAAACUGUUGUAAGCUUCACCUGUAUACCAUCAUAGUUACAAAUUAACUGUUUAGGGUCAGAAUAUGAAGGUUGGGAAUGCACAUUUUAUUACUUCUUCAUCUAGGUGUCAAAGAUUUUACCUCCUGGUAAAUAAGGUUGGACUUCAACUUGUUACGCAUUUUAAUAGUUGAUGAAUGUGUUUUUCUUUGUUAUGUCAAUAAAUGUAUUUUGUGCUCUUCAUAGUUGUUGGAUUGUAUAAGAUAUUCAGUGGUGAUAUGUAUAUUUUGUUGCUUGUGUUGGUAUGCAACUCAUGUAAUUUUAGUGCUUUGACUGGCUUAAAAUGUCAAACAAAUGAAUUUAUAAUAAACUUGGAUUAAUGUU